CGUGAACAGAAUCGACACAGAGGCGACAGUAGAAACAGACAUAUCAGCUGAGUGACAACAUCUUCACUUGACCUAAUUUACGAAGAAUCUACGACGAAUCCCACCAAGAUGGCAGAUGCAUUAAAGAACGUUGGCCAGCAGGCUCAGUCUGGCGCUCAAUCCGCCGGACAAUCAGUUCAAAAUACUGCUCAGUCUGCCUCCAACAACGGCACAGAUCAGUGGUCUCAGAUGUCCGAGGAGCAGAAGAAACAGACGUAUGAUGCUCUGCCGGAGGAUAAGAAGCACAAUAAGACUUACACGGAAUGGAUCAAGGAAGGGUACCAGCACCAGAAGGAGAACUGGAUGCCUUGGAUCGAAGAUAUGUAUCUGCGAUGGUUCACCAAUGAUAACAAGGCUAGUUAUGCUACCAAAGAUACGCUCGGCAAGACGAAGGUCACUGGUAUCGACCAGGUUGACACCUUGCAGGACGGUGUCAACAACCUCGUUUCCGGUCAAGUCGGGCAAGGUGGACUGCUCCAGCCAGUGGGAGAUGCUGUGAGCAAGGAAGGCGUGAAUCGAGCAGAGAGAGGCGGAAAAGGCAAUGAUGGCAGCUAUGGCGGUGCCGCUUCCAGCGUGACCGAUCCGGUUGUGAACAAUGCGAAGGCUGCAGGUCAGAGUGUCUCGAAUGGCGCGCAAGGUGCCGGCUCUUAUGUCAAGAGUGCGGGAGGCUAUGUGGGUGGCCUGUUCGGCGGGAACAAGAAUGAGAACGAGGCCGCGGGUCAAAAGUGAUCUGCUGUUUGAAUGAUGUGAUUUUACUUCAGUCAGAUUGAUGCUUCACGGCCGUAGAUGUGUUAUUAUAUGAAUUCUUGCAGAAGCG